AUGGCUGCGCAGAAGAUCAACGAAGCCCAUGAGCACAUCGCAAAGGCCGAAAAAUGCCUAAAAACCAGUCUAACCAAAUGGAAGCCUGAUUUUGACAGUGCUGCGUCGGAAUACUCAAAAGCAGCUGUUUGCUUCAAGAACGCCAAGCAGUACGAGCAGGCGAAAGAUGCUUACCUGAAGGAAGCAGAGUACCACACAGAGAACAAGACACUCUUCCAUGCAGCAAAGGCAAUAGAGCAGGCUGGCAUGAUGCUGAAGGAACAAAAGAAGAUGCCCGAGGCCAUUCAGUACAUCGAGAAGGCCUGUAUGAUGUACAUGGAGAACGGCACCCCAGACACCGCUGCCAUGGCUCUGGACCGGGCCGGCAAACUCAUCGAGCCCAUAAACCUGGAGAAGGCCGUGGACUUGUAUCAGAAAGCAGCUGGGGUUUUUGAGAACGAGGACCGGCUGCGACAGGCCGUGGAGCUGCUGGGGAAGGCGUCCCGUCUGCUGGUGCGGCUCAAGAGGCUGGAUGAAGCGGCGGUUGCGGUGCAGAAAGAGAAAAACAUGUACAAAGAGAUCGAGAACUACCCCAUGUGCUUCAAGAAAGGAGCCAGACGGAAACGGGACCUGGACCGAUGCCGUGCCAUGUCUGAGACUCCAGUCCUGAAGGAGGAGAUAGAGAAGUUAGCACUUUAUUGA